AUGUCGCGUUUGUUCGCACCACCUAAUCCGGCGUAUCGAAUACGCUUUAAGUCCGAAACAGAGGUGGGAAUUAGCAGACUAUGCUCGGUGGUUGUGAGCUCUUUCUACUUCAAUGGCAUGCGGCUCGGUCCAAGUCCUUACGAGUACACGCCACCAUUUUGA